AAAAUAUAUAUAAUCACAGCGAUAGAGCAUGUCAGACAGAGUUAAGGUGACUUCGUCUUGAAUCAACUUCACAAUGAAUUCUACUUGUUUGUGGGUUUUAUUGCUGUUGUGUGGCUUGACUUCAGCCGAGGUUGGUGAGAAUGCUGUUGAAACACGUUCAUGCUUUCCUGAUAUGUGUGAUCUUCUGAGAGAGUUCGGAUCCAUGGCAGAAAAACUCAAAGUUAUGGAAACCAGGCUGCAGGACAGUGAAACCAGGCUGCAGGACAGUGAAACCAGGUUAGAGAUCAGUGAAACCAGGCUGCAGAACAGUGAAACCAGGCUGAAGAACAGUGAAACCAGGCUAAAUGACAGUGAACACCAGAUUCUUGAUCUGAAGAGCAAAGAAAGAACCAAGGUGAUCUUCAGUGCAGCGAUAGGAAGAAAUGGAGCUGUUGGACCGUACAACACAGACACAACUUUAGUCUACAGAACAGUGAUCACAAACAUCGGCAACGCCUACAAUGCAGCCACAGGUAUCUUCACUGCACCUGUUCCAGGUGUUUAUUACUUCACUUUCUUCUGUCAUGCUGGAGGGGAAUAUGAAGUGAAGCUGUUUCUCUUCAAGAAUGGCGAAAAGAUUGUAGUGAUCCAGGAUCACAGCUCGAACUCGGACACAGCUGAUGAUGGAGGAAACGCAGUGUUCCUCCAGCUGCAGCAAAGAGACCAGGUGUAUGUACGCAUGCCUGCAAAUUCACAUGUUUGGGGAGGUGACUAUGUUACAACUUUCAGUGGUUCUUUGGUCACUCAGAUGUGAGAAUUGAAAAACUGUUUUUUCCCAGACAUAAGAUUUUUAAUAUAAUCAUAUUUUAAAAUUUGAGGAAAAGCAUGCUGUUGGCAAUUGAAUACAACACCUGAUAAUAUUGACAAGCUUUCUGGAAUACUCGCUUCUAUAUUCUGUUCUUUGUGUUGAAAAACAAACCAAGUGUUCCAAGUGUCAGAAAUCACAAAUCAUUUGGCUGUUUUUAGUUUUUACAAAACUCUGGUGUUACCUGUCCAAGACCAUAUGUUGUUUUCUAUGAAGUCAGUGAAAACAUUUCACCUCAAGGAUUUUUUUUCAUGGAUAUAUGCAGGGGUGUAAUCAGAGGGGUGGCCAGGGGUGGCAUGGGCAACCCUAGAAAUCCAAUUGGGCACCCAGUUGCCACCCCAAAAAUCCAAAACUGUAAAUGGCUAUUUCCCUGUCAGAGGCGGGACUUAUGUUAAAACCAAAUGUUAGUUAUUUUUUGCAAAACUGCCAGUAUUUUCUUUUUUACAAAUCAAUGUAGCAUAUUUUCUUUUGUUUGUACUUUAAAUUGUAGCUAACAUUUUUGCACAUCUAUUUCAUAAAACGGGAUCUUAUCUGAAAUAUGUCGGGACCAAAACAUUGCAACUUAGACUGUGCAGGAGUUUGCAUGCACAUAUUUCGGAGGACUUCAAAUUGUGACUUUGAACAUGAAUCUUUUUGGGUCAUUACAAAAUUGAGCGACCAUUAUCUUGCGUUUUAAAGUAGAUAUUAUUAGUUGGAUUAAACAGGGAAAUUAUUGAUAUUUAUUUGUAUGUGUUUGUGCACACAUAUCAAACUUCAGGCCACCCCUGCAUAACUCAGUGCUCCAGUGCGUCAGAAAAGUCUGGACACGCCCCUGGAUAUAUGGCUUUUAUUUGGAUUUUAAUUUCUUAGUGAAAACAAGUUCUCUGGUCCUUUAACACCAUACUUUAAAUGAAACCUCAAAAUCCAUUUGGCAGUAUUUUUUCUUAAUGUGUCUGAAGAAGUCAUGCUCCAAAGAUGUUAUAUCAUGUUGAUUUUGAUUUUCACUCAUAAUUCCUUUUCACAUGACGUUUGGAAUAAACUUUACAUUUAUA